CAGGACAAAGUCACUGAUCUCAUCCAGAACCCCGCCGACCGAGAAAUAUCCGGAAUCUGUUCAAGUGUCUUUGCAUUUCAAGGAAAUCGUUAAUCUGGAGUUUGAUACGAUCGAGACAGUGUCAAGAUCAGAGAUUGCUAUACUGCGUACGAUCUACCACAACGACAUGACCAAGCUUGAUGUCGAUAAUGAUGACAGCUUCAUUGAGGAGAUCAUUAUACUGUUGAAGAACAAGGGGAUCGACCUCAGCAUUGAAUCUUUCCACGUCCUUCAGGGCGAGUUGGAGCGGGUUGCGAUGAUGACACCAAAGGCGCAGCGGCCUCAUGAGGAGGGGUUGUUGGAGUACCUUGAGAAGGUGAUUGGAACGAACAAGUACAUCGAGCAGAUCAACGAGAAAGCCCAACGGCUGGAGGAUCUGAAUGAGAGAAGGGUGGUCUCUAUCGAACGAAUGCGAUUAGCUGAGAGAGAAAAGGACCAACUGGAGGAGCAAAAGAGAGCGGCUGAAGUUCUUCUCCUGAAGGAGGCGCAGCACACGCAGUUGAACAUGGCAGGGCUGUAUUUGCGGCUGCAGGAAAGUGAGCGCACGUGGGAAGCAGGCAGCAAGCACGCUGCAUGCCUUGAGAGGGUGUUUGAGGCACAUGGGCUGGGAUACUGGGGAGAGGAGGGGAAGGGGGGAGGGGGAGCUGCGUGUCCUUGGCUAAUGGGGGAUGGCAGGCAGAUUCUUGCUGCAGAGCUGAAGGCUGCCAGUGCGAAGUACAACGCACUGGCAACGUACAAGGAGAACAAGAAGCCCAGGAAAAACAAGAGCCUGAGCAACCAGAUCCCAGGCACGAGCAGCAGAGGUGCUAGCAGCAGUGGUAUGGAUGGGAAGCGAAGCAGCAAGGGUGAAAAGAAACUGUCUCUGCAGAUGCAUAUGGCUGAUGAGAACCGUAGACGACUGAUAAAGCUAGCCAAACGCAAGGAGGGGGGGUGCGAUGACAUGAGCAGGGAAUUGAAUACAAUGCAUAGCCAGUGCAAGAAAGAAGUCAUGGAAGAGAGAAAGGCACUUUCGCAGCUGGAGGAGUUCACUCACCUUCAGCAAGUGGGCGUGGGACUCUCAAGCAAGGGAAGGAACACGCUCAAGCAUUUGGCAGAAAAGCUGGCAUGUCAGAUCUCACACAUGCUUGCUCUGCGAAUGUCUGACGAGGACAUACAAGAGGCAGGCCUUCCCCGCACUUUCACCACCAAAACUCUGCGCGAGUGGUUAGCGGCAGCAAGUGGGGAGUCAAUUUCCACUGAAGAAGGAAAUGAGGCUGAGGCUGCAGAAGAAGGGACUGAGGCUGCAGAGGGGAGUCGUCUCACAGCGCUACGCCAAGUGGUCGAGGCUGCAGCAGAAGAAGCAUCCCGAGGGGAGAUGCAAAGCCUUGGGAGGCUGGUUACCUGGCUAUGCGGAAACUGCUUGAGCACAGGAGCUACUUUUGAGGAGGUGCAGUCAAAGCAGGAAUCCUCGGAAGAAGAGCUCAAGGCGCUGCGGGGAAACGUCGACAUGAGCUGCAUUGACGAGUACCACAAACAAGAUGACGCCUUUUUCGAGGCGUUCUUUGAAGCAACAGAUGUGACACCAGAGAGGGAUGCUGUGAGGCAGGAGCACAAGGCCCUGCUAAGGCGUCGGCAGGAAGAGUUCACAGCAGGCCUCGAUGAAAUCAGGACGCGUGUGAAGGAGGUCUACCAGAUCAUGGCGCCAGGUGGCGAUGCUGACCUGGCACCCGUUGACCCACUUUUCCCGUUCAGCCAAGGGAUUCGCUUCUCUGUGCGUCUGCCACAGCAGCAGUGCUGGACGGGCGUUACUGACCUCGAUUCACGAAAACAGAUGCUUUGCUCCCUGGCGUUGGUGGUGGCAGUCCACAUGUGCAAGCCAGACUCGCCCCUUAUUACCUUUGAACUUGAUGCUACUAUAG